GAUUUUUAUUGAAAAGAAGAUAUUUAAUCCACAUUAAGUCAUGAAUAUUAAAAUACCCCCAAAAUAUAUGCUGACGUGGCAAUGUUGCACUCCUUCGAUUAAGAAAUGGCUUGAAUUGUGUUUUUUUUGUACUUUUCUUUUGCUGUUGUGGAAGUUUUCACUUUAGCUUACUUUCAUGUGCUGACUUUCAUUAAUAUUUUUGAGAAAUACUCAUGAAUUUUGGUAAAAAUUGCUAAAAAAUUGUUUCAAAUUUACGGUCGCAAGGAUUGUAGGGAUAUGUGAUGAUUGUUAUGAUCGAGAGGGCAUGAUGGCGGAAUCUAUCAAAAACGAAGUACAUGAGAGCGAAACACAAGCGGGCGAAAUGUACGAAGGAAACGUUAUGUCAAAUGUGGAAACGUCUAGUAUUGGUAGUCCAAUUGCAGGGCUUAGUGAUGACGAACUUGUCACGUUAUCUGUAAAAGAUUUAAAUUUACGUUUACGUGGUUUGAGUGAUCAAGAAAUAGCAGCGAUCAAACAACGUAGGAGAACAUUGAAGAAUCGUGGUUAUGCACAAAGCAGUCGGAAUAAACGUGUAUCACAACGGCUGGAUUUAGAAAAAGAUAAAGAAAGUUUACGCGAGGAACUGGAUAGAAUUGCAAGAGAGAAUGAUCGCUUAAAACGAGAAAGGGACGACACUAGAAAACAAUUUAACACCUUAAUUAAUAUUUUGGGUUCUCAACCAAAUGGUUCAGAGAUAAUCGAUCGUGUAAAACUGACCACACAAUCAAGUGCAAGCGAACCUGCAGGUAAAACACAAAGAAUUGAUUUUGGAACGGUUAUCACAUCAACUUCUGCAAGAGAAAGUGGUGAAAACCCGCGUGAAAUUGCCGAAACUUUAGCACAAAUAUCCACCUUGCAUACACUUAACGAGCAGCGAUUGAAAUCAUCAGAUCAAGGUUUACAACAAGUUCCUGCUGAUCUAAAUCGUCCUGGACAGUUAAAUAUAUAGGAUAUACGUUUAUUGUCAUGUGUUGCAAAGUAAAUCUUCCACGUUUACUUUGCGUACUGUUGAAGGCAGGCAGGUGAGUAAUAAAUGGUAAUAUCCACAAACACAGGGUGUAUAUAUAAAUGUUCAUUUCGCUUCACUGGACCUUGAAUAAAUACAACAUUACUGUUCAAUAUAAAGGGGAAAUUUAUGCUCAGAGUCAGAAUGCUAUCAAUUAAAUGCUAUUAAUAGUCAUUUAAUUAAAACUUCCAUUUGUUACUAACAACAGCUGCUAACAUUGUAUUCCUUAUUUCAACUUUGCUUAAAAAGUGCUUUGCAACUUGAGUUACUCGAAAUCAAGAAAAAUUCAUGGUAGAUAUAAUUGAUAUUGUUAAAAGAUGUAUGAUUGUAAAUAUUUAGUUUAAGUGUACCUAUGAUUGGAUUUUUUAUGCUUUUUUAUGUUGACUAGUUAUUUGUAAGUACCUAAGCAAGUUUAGUCAUGACCAGAUUUCAAAUAUUUUAUGUUACUAUAAUGUAAUGUAGUGUGUAAAUAGUAAUUUUGAAUUCUUUACAGCAAUUUAAAGUGUAGAAUUCUAA